AGUCUUCUUACAUCUUCAACACUUUAAACAAAACUACACCCUUUCAUUGUCAAUGUCUCCACAAUCCUCCUACAUCUUCUAACCUAAACCACCAAGCAAAACUCCUUAAUCACCUUGAUUAAGAAAUAAACUAAACAUUUACUAAUCAAUCAAUUAACAAUUAAAAUCCAACCCCCUAAAUUGAAAAACAAUUAACAUUCAAAAACCCUAAAAUUAACACCAAAACAAACAGAAAAAGAGCAUUCCCAUCAUCUUCAUCUUCCCCAAUUUUUCCUCUUAACCAAACAGAAUUUCUCAAUUUCAAAUCCUCCGCCAUGGAUAGACUAGUAAAACCAGAUUUAAAAGAAAUAGAAAUAACUUACAAAAAGGCCCAAAAAUGCACAACAACGUUCAGAUUAAGCAAUCUCAUGCACACUAUGUCAGUAGCAGUUUCAUUAACUUCCACAAACCCAUCAAUUUUUUCCUUCAGCCAAUCAUUCUCCAUAAUCCCGCCUCUCUCCACGUCAUCCUACACUCUAACUCUCUCUCAACCGUCCGAUCACCAAUCACCGCCGCUCCACACUCCUCCACACGCCGUAACCGUAAAAUCCGCCAUGCUACCCACCGGGAAAGCUCACCUGGAGGAUCUCCGUCGUCUCUUUGCUAGACCCGGGCCCCAUAUUUUUAAAGAUGGGAUCAUACCCAUUUCUCUUGUGGGUCCUCACGUGGCUGAUUAUAUCAUUACUAAUCAAAAUUACAUCCACAGCUCUGAUCUUUGUGCUUAUUUUAACAGAGCUAUAUCUGGUUGUACUGGAUCCCAGCUCACAUCACUUCUGGAAUCUGCUGUGGUAUCUGGUAAUUCUAAUUUGGUUGCUAAAUUGAUUGAUUUAGGUGGGGAUUUUAAUUUUAAGAAUUUAAAAGGACAAUCUUUGAUUAGUUUAGCUGUUAAAUCAGGUAGUUUUGAUGUUGUUAAAACCCUAAUUUCAUCCGGUUGCUCAUUUGAUAAUUUAGUAGAUAAAGUAUUGCAUGAAGCAGCUGCUAUAAAUAGAGUAGAUUUAAUGGAGUUGUUGUGUUCUCGUUUUAAAGAUCUUGUCGGUUCGAAUUCGAUUGAUUUACAUGGUAGAACACCAAUUCAUGUUGCUGCUAGUUUAGGGUAUGCAAAAGUGAUUAGAUUUUCCGCUUCGGUCGGAGUUAUAGUUGAUUCGGUUGAUUGUAAUGGCUGCACUGCACUUCAUUUAGCUGCAGAGAAAGGGCAUUUAGAAGCUGUAGAGUGUUUAUUAGAAUGUUCGUAUUAUAUCAAAUAUGUUGUUAAUAAAGAUGGGAAAACCGCUUUCGGAGUUGCGGUUGAUAAUGGAAAUUCACAUUUGUAUAGUUUGUUACAACUUGGGGAUGUGUUACAUAGAGCUGCUGGAUUAGAUGAUGUUAACGCGAUCAAGAAUUGCGUUUCUCAAGGAGUGAAUGUGAAUGAGAGGGAUCAAAACGGAUGGACUCCGUUGCAUAGAGCUGCAUUUAAAGGUCGGAUUGAGAGCGUAAAAGUGUUGCUGAGUUAUGGAGCGAGAGUUGACGUUGUUGACGAUGAUGAGUAUAGUCCGCUUCAUUGCGCUGUCGAAACAGGAAAUGUGAAAGUUGCUAUGUUGUUGAUUGCUCAUGGUGCUAAAGCUAAUGUAAAGAAGUGUGUUAAGAGUUCUAUGAUGGUUAAUAAGUACUGGUCUGCUCCUUUAAAGAAGAAAUCUUUGUGUGGAGAAGAUGGUACAGAGUUAUGUGUUGAACUUUCUUCUUGUGUUUUGUAAAUGGAUUUUGCGGUGAGGAUAUGAGAGAGAUGGAGAAUGUUUUGCAUUCUGCUCCGGUCCAAGACGGCAAUGUCUUUUAUUUUGAGGAUGAAUGAGAAAUGAAAUGAGUAGUUUUCUUUCAUGUAUAUGUUUUUUUUCUUCUUUUGAUCAAUAGUCGAAAAUGCUUUUGUUUGAUAAAAAAAUAUGUUGCAGCAAUUAGAAAUAAUCUGCUUUAGUGCUUUCUUUGUUUA